UCAGACCUGAUGCAAGAGUCAAUGCGACGCGCAGUUAAGAUGAAGUCGGACUCCGAUUGGUACUGAUUUUAAGAGCCUUUUUCAUUCAAGAGGAUGUCCAUUAUCAUGAUGGCGUAACCGUCGGUUCCACGACCCCUUAAAAAAAUGGCGUCACUUAGCCGGGUCCGAGUUUUUACUUUGAUUUUUCUAACUGCAAGCUGUUAUUUAACUACUCCGACAAGUGGCAAAGAAGCAGUAGAAGAAGAGACGGUGAUCAUCGGAUUGAGACUUGAGGAUACGAAUGACAUUUCUUUUAUGGAUAAGGGCUAUUUAAAGGUAAGGGAGAGGUCUCGAAUGAGAAUGAGAGUGUAUGGGCAAAACAUCAACAACGAGACUUGGUCCAAAAUUGCCUUCACGGAACACGAGAGAAGUCGAGUUAUUGGAAACAUCGAUAGCUCUUCGUGGGUCAACAAGAGCCAGGAUCAUCCGUGUGGCAUUAGAACUUCAGAUAUUUUGAUUUUACCACACAUAAUUUUAAAUCGCAAGACGUCUGGUAUCGUGGAAAUCCAGAUCAAACCUCUGCGGAAGACCGAGACAAGCAAAGCGUACUACCUGUGCAUUGCAACUUCCACACCUGCCGUCGCUGGCAUGCUCGACACUUGGACAGAAAACACGUGGAUCUAUCAUGACGGAGAGGACACCAAAGUGAUCGUGGUCGAAGAGAAAAAGUUCCUGCUUCCUUUCUGGCUUCAGGUGAUCUUUAUCUCAAUGCUGCUGUGCCUCUCGGGAAUGUUCAGCGGGUUGAACUUGGGUCUGAUGGCUCUCGACCCCAUGGAGUUGCAGAUCAUUCAGAACUGUGGUACGGAAAAGGAGAAGAAUUACGCGAGGAAGAUCGAACCCGUCAGGAAUCAAGGAAACUACUUGCUUUGCUCGCUUCUUUUGGGGAACGUUCUGGUGAACACCACCUUGACCAUUUUGUUGGAUGAUAUUGCCGGUUCGGGGUUGAUAGCUGUAGUGAUGUCAACCAUUGGCAUUGUCAUAUUCGGGGAGAUUAUGCCUCAAGCUAUAUGUUCACGGCACGGUCUUGCUGUAGGUGCGAAUACAAUCUUUUUGACCAAAUUCUUUAUGCUGCUCACGUUUCCUGCGUCCUAUCCGGUAAGUAAAUUAUUAGAUUAUCUACUCGGACAAGAGAUCGGUACAGUCUACAAUCGGGAGAAACUUUUGGAAAUGCUUAGGGUCACGGAUCCGUACAACGAUCUGGUGAAAGAGGAGUUGAACAUCAUUCAGGGUGCAUUGGAGCUGAGGACUAAGACCGUGGAAGAUGUGAUGACGCCGUUGCGCGACUGCUUCAUGAUCACCAGCGAUGCUACGCUGGAUUUCAACACAAUGAGUGAGAUCAUGGAGAGCGGUUACACACGCAUUCCGGUGUUCGAGGGGGACAGAUCCAACUUUGUGGACCUGCUAUUCGUGAAGGACCUGGCAUUUGUGGAUCCCGACGACUCCACCCCGCUGAAGACGAUCACUAAGUUCUACAGCCAUACUUUACAUUUCGUUUUCAACGAUACAAAACUUGAUGCGCUUCUGGAGGAGUUUAAGAAAGGAAAAUCUCACCUGGCAAUAGUCCAGAGGGUCAACAACGAAGGAGAAGGUGACCCAUUCUACGAAGUGCUUGGAAUUGUCACCCUGGAGGAUGUUAUUGAAGAAAUCAUAAAGUCUGAAAUCCUGGACGAGACAGACUUGUUUACUGACAACAAAACAAAAAAGAAAAUCACUCAUCGAGAGAAGAAACAGGACUUCUCGGCUUUCAAGCACAUGGACAAUGAAAUGAAGGUUAAAAUAUCACCUCAGCUUUUACUGGGUACUUUGCGUUUCCUAUCAACAGAAGUUGAAUCUUUCAGUCCAUGCCAAAUGUCUGAGAAGAUUCUUUUGCGUCUCCUCAAGCACCCCAACGUCAUCCAGGAGAUCAAAUAUAAUGACAAAAAAAAGAAAGCAGCUGAUCAUUACCUCUUUCACCGCAACAAGCCUGUGGACUAUUUCAUCCUCAUUUUGCAGGGGAAGGUGGAGGUGGAGGCCGGUAAAGAGGGGAUGAAGUUUGAAGCAGGAGCUUUCUCCUUAUAUGGGAUGAUGGCUCUCACUGCUUCUCAAGUUCCUCUAUCCCUGUCUCGUGCGUUUGUGGUCAGCAGGGCUAACUCUAUUGCUGGAUCUCCAGAAAACAAAUCCCCCCCUUGGUCAUUUGGACUGAACCAUUCAGACUCAUUAAACCGUAGCGAGAGGAUUGAAGCCAUAACUCCGUCAUUGGGCAGCAGUUAUAACCAGCUCAACGCCUUCAUGCAGAUCUAUGUGCCAGACUAUUCUGUCAGAGCAGUGUCAGACCUACAGUAUAUUAAGGUAACACGUCAGCAAUAUCAAAACGCCCUCAUGGCAUCACGCAUGGACAAAACACCACAGUCAGAGAGUGAGUACACCAAAAUCGAGAUGACUCUGACAGACCUCCGUGAAGGAGUGAUUGAUGAAACUAUUACACUGUUUAGCCAGACACAGAACUGUGUCGCUCACAACAAACUGAACCACAAAGGACACAGUGAGGGAGCUGUCUAGCCCUCACUGGGGUGGUGGAGGAGACCGGAAAGCAGAAAGAACAACACUCCUCUGGGCUUCACCAACCCACACUCUAAGGUAGUGCAAGACUCCUGUGGCCUGGGCUUGGGUUUACCCCGGUUUAUUUCAUUCAUUCAGAAGAAACCUUGUUUAUGUCCCCCAGACCAAAGAGUUUUGAGGAUGGACAUUCUCUGACAAGCCCCUAAAGCACACUCACACUGCCCGUGUGAUGUUGAGAAAAAAGAAAGACUUAAGUCAGAUGCUGAAAUACGGUAAAUCAAAUACUGCUUUGAAGGAAACAAUAAACCAAGAGCCUUAUUACAAACUCACAUAUUUAUUUAUUUUAUAUGUGUUUGUAUAUACUUGCAUGUCUGAGGAUAUAAUUGUUGGCACAUGCAAACACUUCUCUGUAAAGUUAUGCCUCUAUGUAUGUACCUCUAUGAGUGUAACUGAUAUCACGCAAAUGCUGAUAUAUAUAUAUAUACUUUACAUACAAAUACACUCCUGAACAAAGUCUGAAGACUAGGGGAAACAUUACAAGUUUUUCUCAUUUCUCGCUGAUGGAUCGUAUCCAGGUUGUAAGUACUGCUUCAAAAUGCCAAAACAAGAAACAGGAGCAAGAGACAAAAAGAUCCCACAUUUAUAAUUGAAAAAAGGAUGUAAACUGGACAUAAAUAGAAGCCUAUAAAGUAAUCCCAAUCACUGUACGAUCACUGACUUCUGUUUAAUUUCGAAAAAAACUCCCAUUUUAAUGGAUGAAUCAAAUUACACUGCACAAUGAACAUUAAAACAUUAAAUCGUUUGUUUAUGAGGUCCGUGAGCGCGCAGCCCGCCUAAACUAAUCUAUUUUGCUACCACCUGCAGCAUGAAUUUGGGUGUUAUGAGAUGGAGGGAGACAGAUUUAUUUCAGAAGAGGGAGCUUCGGAAGAUAUAGCUUUCAGUCAUUACUGACAGUCAACAGGGAAAAAUCUAGCCUAUUGCAAGCAAAGUAUAGGUGUUUGUUAACGGCACAAAAUAAGACUGCAAAACUUUUGUUAUAAUAAAUGAAUCAGACUUCACUGCACAAUCACUUUUACAUGCUGUUUAUAAUAAACUCAAUAGGAAUAUGCAGUCCACCUAAAAUUCCUUUGCUUCCACCAUAGUAUGUAGUGUGCUUCUGUUACAAACUAAUGCCGCUAUGUGAGUGAAGAGUGGUGUUGCUACCAGCCAAUAGACAAAUCAUUUUUUGUUUUUCUAUUUUCAUUGGGUGGGCAAGACAAAUGUUAGGAGGGCUCAGCCCACCCCUGUCCAGGCCCUGGGUGUUAUCUGGUAGAAGUCCUUUUGUCAGGCGGGCGUGGUGAACUACAGCGUUGUCCUGUUGAAAUGCUCAGUCAUUACCGCACAGACGAGGGGCCUCAGUCAAGAGGGAUGCCUUCUGCAACAUGUCCACAUAGCCAGCCGCCAUUUGACUACCCUUCACAACCUGAAGCUCCAUUUUCUCAUUGAAGGAAAAAGCACCCCAGAUCAUGAUGGAGCCUCCAACACUGUGCCGCGUAAAAAAGAUAUACGGUGGGAUCUCCUUGUCAUGCCAGUAACGUUGGAAGCCAUCAGGACCAUCCAAAUUAUAUUUUUCUCAUCAGAGAAUGAAAUGUUUCCACCUGUCAAUGUAUCAUUUUUGUAGCUCCCUUGCAAAUUCCAAGCGGGCAAGUUUGUGGUGUGGAAGGAGACAUGGCUUUUUUGGGCUGCAGUCAGCAUCAGUAAGGGCCUUAAUUUGGGUUGAGGAUCGACCUGUGUCUUCAAGGACAGACCGUCGGAUCCUCUUUUGACUUUUUUGUUCCAUAACUCUCAGGAUCUUUUAACAAAUUUGCAAUGACCAUCUUACUGCGUCCAACCUUGGCAGCGAUGGCGCAGUCUAUGCCCUUGCUUGUGUAGUUUAACAAUCCUGCCACGUAUAAAAGAUGUUUUGUCUCUUGCUCCUGUUUCUUUUUUUGGCAUUUUGAAGAAGUAUUUAUAAUCUGGCUACGAUCCACCAGCUAUAAAUGUGAAUCCUUGUAAUGUUUGUUCAGGAGUGUAUAUAUACAUGUAUAGUUACAAAAACCUCAUUGUAUGUGUACAGUACUGGUGAGGGUCUUUUAUAUGUCAAAUUAUUUUACAGUUCUAAAUGUGGUUAAUCCUACAAUACCCUUUAUACAUUUUUUCAAAAGAAUCAUAUUGCCUUAAAAAAAUCAUCAAUGCAAAAGAUGAUGUAUUAUGAUUACUGUUUUGUAAAUUAGAGAUUUGUUCUUAUUUGUUCUGAGAUGUGAGGAUGAACCGGUCCCAUCUGCUUAAAGAUGUUAAAAGGUUUCAUUUAAAGCUGAAUGCUGUCAUAGUUGGAAGAUGACAGACCUAUCAGGAAUUGCAUGUGAGGGAGAAUCACUAUGCAUCUAUGCAAAUUCCAGGCCUAAACAAUAUGAUUUUUUGAACACAACAGUUACUAAAAGAAAUGAAAAACAUUAAAUUGUGAUACUAUUCACACAUCUGGAAGAAAGGUUCAUUACCUCUGUGUCUUUAUUUAUAAAAACACUGGAGACUCCGGCAAUGCAAAUAGGGAUAUUUAGCACACAUUUAUUCCCAACAAAGACCAAAAUGUUAGUUUAAGAAAGAAAUGUUAAUUUAGUUAAAGAAUUCUCACGCUUUUUCAGUGCAAUCUAAUUUCCUCGG